GAUGUCUACGGCAACCCUCACUUCUGUCGGUCGUCUGCUUGUCCAUCCGUCCAUCAGCUUGGGCUGAGAACUGUAAGUGAAGCUCUAACCUUUUUCCCACUGGCGACGCGUCAAAUUGCGAAGAUGACACCUUAUUGUACACUUGAAGAGCGAAUUUUGAUUUCUUCGUUCUCCUCUGAGAGACCAAUUUGUAUUAGACUACAACGGUAUCUGAGCAACUUCAAACAUCAUCAUUAUGCUUUCAUGUCUAUUCGCUCGGCUGAAAGCUAACGUAUCACAAGAACUAGGCGAAACGACGCCAUCUGGACCCCGAGAUGACUUCCAAAGUCGAAGGUGCGAAUGGAGUGGUACCACCUGUAAUAACGGGCCAUGAGGAUGGGAAGCUGCCUGAGAAGGUCGCUGUGAAACCUCAAGAGCGGACGCCUAGGCCGAAGAAACCCAACUACGCUCAGAUACACAGCCACCCUCUGCCACUAGAAAUAUACCCCGUGCCAUCUUUUAUUCCUCACAACCCACUGUCUGUUGCGCGCAUCAUCUUGACAGUGGUCUCCCAAUACUUCUGGCCGCCGUCAUCUCACUUACCGAAUCUCUACAAAGGCUACUUCUCCCACGACACGCAAGCUGUGCAUAUUACAGAUGCUGUUACAAUUCGAGCUCUCUGGGAACAAGGCUUCUACGGAAAGGGCACGCUCAGUCGCAGUGAACCUCGCUGGCUAGACCAGGAAAAGAGAAGGCGAGGGCUCAUAGCCUUCGAAACCAGCGAAGAAGUAACGCGGCAGAGACGGGAGACCCGACGUCAAUUCAAAUUAGAGCGUGCAAGGAAAGAAAGAGAGACUAUCGAACAGCAGCUGAAGGACGAAGGAAAGUUGCCGGUGGGAACUCACAUUCCUGAGAGUCAUGAUGAGUCUGAGCUCAAUGGGGCUGCCGAUGCUUCCAUUGCAAAUAACGUAACACUUGAUUCCGUCGUUGCCUUGCCUUCAUCCACACUGCUUCCAGACACAGAGACUGUCACAACGUCAACCCAAGAUGCCGCAAAUGUCCUUGACAAAGCGGAUGAGGACCUCGACGAAGAAAUCGAGGAUCAGGAGCAUUUACAACUGACGUGCGAAGAAGCCUUCUUCUUAGUCUACGCUCUUGGUGCCCUUGAGGUAUCUGACAAAAACUCACCGAUGUCGUCUUCGAAGCUUAUGGGACUGUUUGCUGAACACUCGACCUUCCCGCCUGGUGAGUCCCAAUACUUACAGCCGGAUGGUGCCUUCCUCCUGAAAUACGUUGUCUACCAUCACUUCCGAUCGUUAGGCUGGGUAGUCCGUCCAGGCGUGAAAUUCGCUGUCGACUACCUGCUCUACAAUAGAGGACCUGUGUUCUCUCAUGCUGAGUUUGCUGUAAUUAUCAUACCGUCAUACAGCGAUCCAUAUUGGUCCGAGCAUCCGGACCAGAAAGCAGCAGCUCAGCAGGGUGUUGAACGGGAUUGGUGGUGGCUGCAUCGAGUCAACCGUGUUCAGACACAAGUACACAAGAGCUUGGUUCUAGUAUAUGUGGAUAUACCGCCACCUACGCAGAUCGAGGUAGCAGCUGGGCAGACCGACAUUGGCAAGAUCCUGAAACAGUACAAGGUUCGCGAGUUUGUGUUGCGGAGAUGGAUUCCAAAUCGAAAUCGCGACUGAGAGCCAUGCUCGUCCCUGAGAUAAAAGCUCUGUACUCUAAAGUCAUGCUCCCAUGCGCAUUAGGGUCGAGCCUCGGAUGGUGACAAUUCUUUGCCCUGGAGCGGACGACGAGCAAUCAGCAGCGUGAUCUGCCAUGCCAAUUCAAUUCUAGCCCACCAUGAAUGACUCUUGAGGCCAGUGAUUCAGCAACGAGUGUAGGGGGUAUCGAUGGUGAGCUUGGACGGUGAGAACAUUCACGUGGUAAGCUGGCAUUUCUGAGCGGCGCCUUGCCUGGCCUAGGCACUCUGAGGUCUGUUUGUUUCCAAUCAGAGUGACGUAGACCGAUAGAAUCUGGAUGAGGACCACGUGAUCUAUCGCCAUCUCUUCAGUCUUCCAUCCAACCAAUAGCUGAAUUGUUCUCCAUUGCC